UAAGAAGCAAGUAAACCACAACGAAUUUCGUAAGAAAGCCCUAAAACUAGUAGCCGCUCGUGUUCAUCUGGAAUUCAUUGGGUUUUUUUUUUUUUUUUUUUUCCAAGGUUAAUUUAUUUGGUAUCUUCAUCAUCUCCAAUGGACUCUCGAAGUGGUGUGGCUGAGGAAAAUACUGUUUCAAGUAAAGGGAUUCGAAAGAAGGUGAAGAACUCUGAGUCAGUAGCGUUACAGAGAUACAAGAUUGAUACUUACAACUUAGUGGAUCUUGAUAAGGUUUUGAAUGAUGUCUACUGCUCUUGUCGACCUGUUUCUGCUGACUACGAAGCUAGGAAGGAUACUUUGAAACACAUCAACGCAUUGGCUUUUGAUAUCUAUGGAGAUUCUAAGGGUGACAGGCCGGUCCUCAAGGCGUAUGGGUCUUUUGCGAUGGAUAUGUUUUUCGCGCGGAGUGAUUUAGAUGUGUCUAUUAACUUUGGUGAUGGAGUAUCUGAGCUUCCUCGUGAUUCGAAGCUCCAAAUCCUUGAAAGAUUUGCGGAAAAGCUCCACUCUUUGCAGGGAGAAGGGCAUGUUAGGAAUGUUGUUUCUAUCCUCAGUGCUAGGGUGCCAAUUGUUAGGUUCCUUGAUCAAAGGACUUGUGUUGAAUGUGAUUUGGCUGUCGAUAGCAAAGAAGGCGUAUUGAAUUCACGGAUCAUUCAGAUUAUUUCUCAGAUUGAUGACAGGUUUCACAAACUUUGUCUCUUGAUUAAGCAUUGGGCCAAAGCACACGAUGUUAACAGUGCGUUAAGCAACACUCUGAAUUCUAUAUCUAUAACGUUGCUAGUUGCUCAUCAUUUACAGGUAGCCACUCUUUGUUGGAUUGCCACUAGUCACUCUCCUUUUUUUUCAUUUUUUGUUUUUUUAUCUUCUGUGUUAAUGCAGACUCAAGAUCCUCCCAUUCUACCUCCAUUCUCUCUACUAUUUAAAGAUGGAGUUGAUCCUCCCAAUGUUGAGAAAAGGACGCAGGAGUUCUUGAACAAGGAGAAGCGAAAUAAAGAAUCUUUGGGUAGACUCUUUGUAACGUUUUUUGUCAAGCUGCAAUCUGUAGAGUUCCUAUGGAGACAAGGACUCUGCGUCAGUUUGCGGAGUGGUCUUUGGAUAUCCAAAAGGUGGAGAAGAGCUGGUGUCGGGAUUAAUGUUGAGGAUUUUUUAGACGUGUCUCAAAAUGUUGCAAGGGUGGUUAAUGACAGAGGAGCUAAAAAGAUAUACAGUUCUAUAAAUCAAACUGUCGAGGAACUUUUUGAAUUUCUUAAUGGCAAGAUCGAUGGAGCACAUCUCAAAGACAAGUUGUUUGUCCCCCAACCCCUUGUGGAGCCUCCUCUUGUGCCGCAAGUCGAAGUUUACCAUCAACCACCUCAUCACAACUACAGAUGUGAUGAGUUUAAGGGUCAUCACAACAAAAGGCCUCGUUUUGGAAAUGGUGGUGAAGAACCAAUCCAUGCAGCAGGUGACGACAGUCAUGCAAUUGAUCUGCCACCGCCACCACCACCUUUUGGCAGAGUUUAUAGAAUUUAUUGUGAUAAAUUCGGUCCUCAAAACCUCCCCUGAUCUUUUUUCUUGCUCAGUCACCAACCAUUUUUGAAAGAUGAAUAUAAUUUCAUGUUAUAUAGUUGAGAGUCUUGAGACCCGAUAUGAGCAAAUGUAUUUAGUGUGGGUUUUUGGUUACUAGAGAGAGAAUACAUGGUUUUAUUAUUAUAUACUAGAUCUUUUUUUUGCGCUA